AUGUCUCCUCUCGGGUCCGCCUUUGGCGAGCCGCUCCUCCCGCGCGCGCCACCGCCAGGCGAUUGCUCGCGACGGCUCCGCCAGGCCGCCAUCCUGGCCUUCGGCACCCUCUCAACCGUGCAGCUUGGGCUGGGUGUCGGCUCAUUAAACAACCUCUGCUCGGACGCCUCCUCGUCGCUGCCUUGGUGUCCCGUCCUGGUGGCGGCGUUUGGCCUGGGCGGGCUGCUCGGUUCGGUAGUGAGUGCCCGCUGCGAUCGUCUCGCGCGCAAGGCGGUCCUCCUCCUCAGCCGCCUCCUCCUCCUGGCCUCAUCGCUCCUGCUCGCCGGCGGCUUCUUCACCUCUGGCCUUCCGAGCGGCCUCCUCUUGCUCACCGGCCGAGGCCUGCUCGGAGCGGCUUCCGGCAUCGCCACCGCCGUGACGCCGCUCCACCUCGCGGAGGUCAGCCCGGCGGAGAUUCGCAGCGUGGCCAGCGCGGCGCAAUCAGCUGGCGUCGCUAUCGGAAUCCUCCUGGCGCAGCUCGCGACGCUCGGCGGGCGAGAGGGUGGCGUCUACCUUCUUCCGGCGCUGUGCGCGGCGCUGGAACUGACGGUGCUGCCGCUCCUGCCCGAGUCGCCAACCCACGUCCUGCGUCGCUCCGGCUCGGCCGCGGCCCUCUCCCACCUGAUGACGCACCUGCACCUCUCCCACGCGGGCGCGGCCGCCCACACGGAGGCCCUGCGCUCCGAGUUGGCCGAGCAGUCGGGGGAGGGGCCCUUCUCGCCGCGGGAGCUCCUCUCCGCGCGCAGCUUGCGCAGGGAGCUGCUUCUCGCCGCCGCUGUCGCCCUCUCCGCCCAGCUUUGCGGCGCCAGCUUAUCAUCUCCCCCCCCUCUCUAUCUCGAUCUCGAGAGAGAGAGGCUCAACUUGGGCCUCCCUCCCCCCGACCCCUCCCCGGGCCUCGCCGUAGGCUGCGACUGCCUCUUCUACUACUCGACGCUCGUCUUCACCCGCUCCGGCCUCUCCCACCCCCGAGCGGCGACCGCCUGCCUCGGGGUCGUCAACCUGGCGGCCGCGCCGCUCGCGGGACCGCUGCGCAGCCGCGUGCCGCGCCGGACCCUGCUGCUGCUCACGUGGGCAGGCAUGAGCGCGAGCUACGCCGCCGCCGCAGUAGCAGCCAUGGCGGGCGGCAAGUCUCUCCUCGCCGCGCCGCUCGCGUGCGCGCUGGUUUGCUACGCCCUCGGGCCGGGCAGCCUCGGAGGCUUCCUCGCCGCAUCGCUCUUCCCCAUGUACGCAAAAGACGCGGCGAUGACCCUCACAGUGGCGCUCAACUGGGCGGCGACGAGCGCGACCGCCCUCGCCUUCCCCGCCCUCCACGGCCUGCUCGGCGCGCACACUUUCCUCGCGCUCGCCGCCCUCUCCGCCCUCUCGGGCGCCGCCGGGGACCGCUUUGUGACCGGCUCCGCGAAAUCGGGAGGCGAGACGUGA